AUGGCGCGUGCUCUACUACUUGUUGCCCUAAGUCUGGGUGCUACUGCCAUGCCCGCCGCAUCGUCGGGUAUGAGCAACAUCAAAAAUAUUGUCGUUUUGGUUCAAGAAAACUUGUCCUUUGACCACUUCGCUGGCGGUCUUGACUAUGACUCUAGCAUUGACGGCCCCCGAAAUCCUCAAUAUUGCAAUCCUGCCAAUGUCUCUAUCCCACACGAAAACCAUGUUUGCGCCAAUCCUGUUGCGAAGAACAUUGCCUCCGAAGACCCCAACCACAGCAUUGCGGGUGGUAACAUGCAGGUCUAUGGCACCUACCACCCCCUUGCAGGAGCCAAGGCCAACAUGAAUGGAUUCAUCACUGAACAGCGAACCUCCUACCCAAAGGACGACCUACAGCGGGCAGCAGAGGCGAUCAAUUACUUCACCCCGGAGCACAUCCCUGUCUUCAAUACCAUCGCCCAGAACUUUGUCUUGUUCGACCGCUGGUUUGCUGCAGUGCCAGGACCUACAAACCCCAACCGUGCCUACUUGACCUCGGGCACUUCCCAUGGUCAUGGCCACAAUGACGACGACUUCAUGACAUCUGCGCUACCACAAACAUCUAUUUUCGAGCACCUAUCAGAGAAGGGGAUCACUUGGAAGAACUACGAGAAUUCGACUCAGUCCAAGCCCGCAUUUUUGCCCGACGCCAUGUUCUACGAUUGGACCGCGAAGAAUGGAAAAGAUAACGUGGUCCCCAUUAACAACUUCUAUGCUGAUGCGAAAGCUGGGAACCUACCACAGUUUAGCUGGAUCAACCCUGAGUGCUGCAAUUAUAUGUCGAUGCAUCCUCCGUCUCCAAUCAAUAUGGGCGAGAACUUUGUCAAGAGCAUCUAUGAGGCUGUGCGCAAUUCGCCGCAGUGGAAUGAGACCCUCUUCAUUCUGACCUGGGACGAACAUGGUGGUUUUGCUGAUCAUGUCCCGCCUCCCAUUGACGUCCCCGCUGGCGACAGUCUGACCUAUACGACGACGGCUCGGGAUGGUGAGCCAUACACUUUCCACUUUGACCGUCUCGGGGUUCGAGUUCCUACAGUCUUGAUCUCUCCUUGGGUUCCCAAGGGGCUGGUCCAGCACAAGCCUAGCGACGGGAACGAGUUCACUCAUACCUCUAUCCUCAAGUUUGUCUCUGAGCUCUGGGGUCUAGAGAGUCUGUCCCCUCGCGUGGACUGGUCGGCUUCCUUCGGGAACUUGAUCACAAACAAGUUCCGAAAGGAUACUCCCAACAAGUUGCCGAACGGAGCAGACUUCUAG